AUGGGACGGGUGGAGGUCGUCAGCGAGUCCAACACCGUCCGCUUUCUCGCCGAGAAAAAUGAGGAGAGCCGAGUCUUUCUCAAGGAGUGCUACAAGAGACUGGAGAAGCAGUGCAAGGCCAACCAAGAUGGCGUGGAGGAGGGCAAGGUGACGGCGUCGGCCUUUGCCAAUUUCGGGACUCGCAUGAAGCAGGCCUACGACAACCAGGAACUGGGUGCGUGCACACUUCUCAAUUAG